CACAGCCGUGUGCUUCAUUCCAGUGCACAAGCCGAGCGAAGCAGACGGUUCACGCAGCAGCCGAAGCUGAUAAAUUCGCUCAGGGAAAAAAAUAUAUAUAUAUCCAUAAACCGCGCGGCUGUUUCUUUACAGGAAUACCACUUGAACGUGGACGCAUGUGAGCGUGCACACUGGGACUGCACACACACACACCAUGGUUCUGACACAAGUGUGGCUAUCUCUGCCUCUGCUCCUCUGACCACAGAGAAAGUCUUGGGAUCUCCUCGGGAAGGCUUUUUUUGCUUCUUCCUUUACCUUUCAGUGACUAUAAUCGAAAUAUUGCUGGAAGUAUUCUCCGGAUGGUGACCGAGGACUGGACUACCUGUUUUCAGCUGAUUCGCUCAAUGCGAGGGAAAGGGACUGGAAGACUUGCGCCCGUUGCCUUUCCUCUGGUUUAUUAAGGCACGUUGGAGAUCACUGAAAGGGGAGAGAGACUGCUGUCUUCACACACUGUACACCGAGGGUGUUACUUCCCCCUCACCUUUAAGUGUUUUUGGUGAAUGGGGGUAGACUGACUCUGCUCCUGGAGGUUUGACACAGCUGGGACUGGGACAGGGACUGGGACGGGACUGGGUGCGUGGAGCGUCGAAUCACCCAGGAUUCUAUACCCUCCUCUCUCUUGUUGGUCUAUUUACAUGUCCGACGUGACUGCUUUAUGACAAUGGAUUACUUUCUGCUUUUAUGCAGCCUCUUGCUGCCUGUGGUGUCCGCCGUUGAAGAGACACUGAUGGACACGAAGUGGGCCACGACAGAAUUAGCCUGGACUGCACACCCUGAGACUGGGUGGGAAGAGGUGAGCGGCUACGAUGACGCCAUGAACCCCAUCCGGACAUACCAAGUCUGCAAUGUUCGUGAGCUCAACCAGAACAACUGGCUACGCAGUGACUUCAUCCCACGAAAGGAUGUGCUGCGCGUAUAUGUGGAGAUGAAAUUUACAGUGCGCGACUGCAACAGCAUUCCUAACAUCCCAGGUUCCUGCAAAGAGACCUUCAACCUCUUCUACUAUGAAUCUGACUCAGAUUCAGCCACAGCCACCAGCCCUUUCUGGAUGGAGAACCCUUAUGUGAAGGUGGACACUAUUGCCCCGGAUGAGAGCUUUUCCAUGCUUGAGUCUGGACGCGUAAACACAAAAGUCAGAAGUUUUGGGCCAUUGUCCAAAGCUGGGUUCUACUUGGCCUUCCAGGACCUCGGUGCUUGCAUGUCACUCAUCUCAGUUAGGGUCUUUUACAAGAAGUGCUCCACUACCAUUGCCAACUUUGCUGUUUUCCCAGAGACAGCAACUGGUGCCGAAGCAACAUCCUUAGUUAUUGCACCAGGAACUUGCGUCCCCAACGCUCUGGAGGUUUCUGUGCCACUGAAGCUUUAUUGCAACGGAGAUGGCGAGUGGAUGGUUCCUGUGGGAGCCUGCACCUGCUCAGCUGGUUUUGAACCAGCCAUGAAGGAUAGCCAAUGUCAAGCUUGCAGCCCUGGCACCUUCAAGUCCAAACAGGGAGAUGGCUUCUGCUUGCCCUGUCCAGCCAACAGCCGCGCCAGCUCAGGAGCAUCCAGUGUUUGUUCCUGUCGAAACGGUUACUACCGCUCGGAUACAGAUUCUCCAGACUCCGCGUGCACCACUGUUCCUUCGGCACCACGCAAUGUCAUCUCAAGUGUGAACGAAACCUCGCUUGUGCUGGAAUGGAGCGAUCCACGUGACUUGGGUGGUCGUGAAGACAUCUUCUACAAUGUCAUCUGUAAGAAGUGUCUGCCGGAGCGAGGAAUGUGCUCAAGGUGUGACGACAAUGUUGAAAUCUCGCCACGCCACCUCGGCCUGACCCAGCGCCGCGUGGCUGUCCGUAACCUACAAGCCCACACACAGUACAGCUUCGAGAUCCAGGCGGUCAAUGGUGUUUCCAACAAGAGCCCCUAUACACCUCAGUUUUCUACAGUGAACAUCACCACAAAUCAGGCCGCUCCGUCUGCAGUGCCUACAGUUCACCUGAUGGCGGCCACAGCGAGUACCAUGAGUCUGUCCUGGCUGCCUCCAGAGAAACCCAACGGAAUCAUUCUGGAUUAUGAGAUUAAGUACCAUGAGAAGGUAAGCGGCAAUGAUCAGGGUGAGGCCAUUGCCCAUACCAUGACUGCCCAACGCAGCAACGCUCGCAUUGAAGGUCUCAAGGCUGGUACGCCUUAUGUGGUACAGGUCCGUGCCCGAACAGUGGCUGGUUACGGCCGUUACAGCAGCCCAGCCGACUUCAGCACAAACCUGCAAACUGAUCCUCCAAAGUCAUGGCAGGAGCAGCUACCACUCAUCGUGGGAUCAGCCACCGCCACCUUGGUCUUCAUCAUUGCAGUUGUGGUCAUUGCUAUUGUCUGCCUCAGGAAGCAGAGAAAUGGUUCAGAGUCAGAGUACACAGAGAAACUGCAGCAGUACAAAUCCCCAAUAGUAACGCCGGGAAUGAAGGUCUACAUUGACCCCUUCACCUAUGAGGAUCCCAAUGAGGCAGUGCGAGAGUUUGCCAAGGAAAUCGAUGUCUCCUGCGUGAAGAUCGAGGAGGUCAUCGGCGCAGGUAACCCACCAAAGCUCCUGAGCUACAGGGGGAAGACUGCUAGUCACCUCCAGGCCAUACCGUUAGAGGACUUCACACAAAGCGGAGAGUUUGGGGAAGUGUGCCGCGGUCGGCUCAAGUUGCCUGGGCGCCGGGAGAUCAUUGUAGCCAUCAAGACACUCAAGGUGGGCUACACUGACCGCCAGAGACGAGACUUCCUGUCCGAGGCUUCUAUCAUGGGCCAGUUCGACCACCCCAACAUUAUCCGUCUUGAAGGUGUGGUCACCAAGAGCCGCCCAGUGAUGAUUGUGACUGAGUUCAUGGAGAAUGGAGCACUAGACUCUUUCCUAAGGCUCAAUGACGGUCAGUUCACAGUGAUCCAGUUGGUUGGCAUGCUGCGUGGUAUCGCAGCAGGCAUGAAGUAUCUGUCAGACAUGAACUAUGUGCACAGAGACUUGGCUGCCCGUAACAUCUUGGUGAACAGUAAUCUAGUGUGUAAGGUGUCUGAUUUUGGCCUAUCUCGCUUUCUGGAGGAUGACCCAACAGAUCCCACCUAUACCAGCUCCCUGGGAGGAAAAAUCCCCAUUCGCUGGACAGCUCCCGAGGCAAUUGCCUAUAGGAAGUUCACCUCGGCCAGUGACGUGUGGAGCUACGGCAUUGUCAUGUGGGAAGUGAUGUCGUAUGGCGAGCGGCCGUACUGGGACAUGAGCAAUCAAGAUGUGAUAAAUGCAGUGGAGCAGGACUAUCGACUGCCCCCACCCAUGGACUGCCCCACAGCACUGCACCAGCUCAUGCUGGACUGCUGGGUGAAAGAGAGGAACCUGCGACCCAAAUUCACUCAGAUUGUGGCCACGCUGGAUAAGCUUAUCCGCAAUGCUGCCAGCCUUAAGGUGGUCACCAACAGCACACAGUCCACUGGGGUAUCUCAGCCCUUGCUUGACCGCUGUGUACCAGACUAUACCACUUUCACCACUGUGGGGGACUGGCUGGAUGCCAUCAAGAUGAGCCGCUACCGUGACAACUUCGUCAACGCCGGAUUUGCUUCCUUUGACCUGGUGGCCCAGAUGACAGCAGAGGACUUGCUGCGGAUAGGGGUAACGUUGGCUGGCCAUCAGAAGAAGAUUCUUGGUAGCAUUCAGGACAUGAGACUACAGAUGAACCAAACACUUCCUGUCCAGGUGUGAGCGACAGGACACACACACGGACUGAUGCAGUCGAAGGACAGCUAGACAGGAAAAUGGGGGAGGAACAGUGCCAGAGAGAGCCAAUGGAAAACCCUAGCUGCCUGACCCAUCUCUGCCAAUUAGACGCUAUGAAACUGGCUUGCAGUGCCUCUGAUUCAUUUUUUUUCUUAAUUUCAUUACCACUUCCAUUUCCUGUUCCUGCAUUUUUUUUUGUUGUUAUUUGUCAUCGUUAUCCCCCCCAUCCAGUCAGAAUUAGUGUGUGUUUGAAAGAGAAAGAAGAGUUAACCCCCCUUAUAUCCCAUGCGUGCCUCACCAGCUCUGGUGUGGGUUGACGUUUGCAUGCAUGUGUGUUUUAGUGAGGUUGGCCUCAGCCCUGUAACUGAAGCAUCGCACUCCGAUCCUCAUGCAAGAGUCCCUCCCCUCUUAACCCAGCUUCAAUGGACGUAUUACAUAGUAAAGAAUGACCCACCCUGGUAUAAAAAAAGUGAACAAAAGUUCACAUGUAAAAAAAAAUAAAAAAACAAAACAAGAAAAAAAAAAAGAAAAAGAACCCAGAGGAGAUAGAGACAAUUCUUUCCCUGAUAGAAGUUGUUUUUACUGUGCACGUGUGUGUCGUUCUCCAUCUUCAUAUUGAAGGUGUGUUAUCUAAAAGGGCACUUGCUGGAGAAGGGAGAGGUGGUGGAAGAGGAAAAAUGAGAUCAAAGGUCAAGAGGAUGACAGAGGUCAAAAAGGUCAAAGGAGGGCAGCCACAUUUUUGGACGCUUGUUUUGGCUGCUGAGUCCUCACUUGGUCACCAGAUGACCUCUUCAACCUUCAUCCUGACCUAAAGUGACUCAGGAUAGUUCUACAGCUUGGGAUCACCUGCUCAUCAACUGUGUUUUUACACAUAAAAAUGUUUUAUUUUUGUUUGUCCACACAUAAUUUCUUUUCUUUUCUUGGCUUUCUUACACAUUUUUGGGAGAUUUAUGGUUUCAAAAUGGCCGGUCAAACCUAAGUACCCCCACAGGACGCUUUAUGUGAUUAAGGGGAGACGAGGACUGUGGCAACAUGAUAAAAAAAGACCACUUGGCCUUUUGUGUGCAUUUUUGUAUGUGUGUGCGUGCAUGUGUGCGUGUAUGUGUUAUUAAGCGUGCUUGGACGUGAGGGUGUGUCAAGUUGCACACAAGUAUACUGUACCAUACAGCUUCCGCUAUUUGCCACCGUGGAGAAUUAACGCAUGAACUGAACUGUGACAAGGAGCAAAUAUAUCUGAAACUAUUACGCUAUAUUCUGUGGACAACUGUUAAACAUUCUUUUUUAUUGAAUCCAAAAAAAUGAACUUAGGACAUACAUAUAUAUAUAUAAUUAUAUAUAUGCAUCAUGCAGAAACUGAGAGAAACCAUGACGGACACCUUACUUUCUACUUACUAUUAUCUGGAUUUAGAAAUAAUCAAAAUUCUUGUUUUAAUUUCUUGACAUCCCACCCUAUGUAUUUAUUUGUACCGCCAAACCACCCCAAUCCCUCACCAACACACAGACGGACUUCAGGCCAUUUGGGACAGUGGACUUGGAACAAUCAGAAGAGAAAACUCCAAGAGGAUUCACCGAAUAAAUUGAUGAAUAUUAAACAAAAGAAACUGCAUAUACAUUGGAUAUUGUAUUUUUGUUGUUGUUCUAAACAGCCUGUACAUGUUUUGUAACAAAAAUACCACAAAUAACAAGAAAAAUGGUGUUUUGAAAAAAUGGAAGUGCCGUUGUGAAAUGUUUGAUUCAGAGCGAAAUUAACAGAAAGCAAAGGGAAAGAUCAGGGGGAUGAAGUAAGGAAGUAGAGAUGAACAGAUGAACAACACCAAAGGUUUGACCACUGGUAAUAAUCCGUCACCCUUUUUGCUUUCCGUCCAUUAUCGUGUGAGUGUCUUCGUAGGUGUGUUCAAGUCUGUGUGUGCCAACUGAACUGGAUAUUAAUAAGCUUCCCCAACCCAUUCUCUUUCUCAACAUAAAGUGCAUUUAUGAAGCACUGAGCUGUUGCUAAUCGUCUUCCAGGCACAUUGUUUUGUCAACUUCUAACCUCCUGCAAACCACUGUAUUGCAUCUCAAAAAACAAGCGGUAUACUUGUGUUUUGAUUUGACGUAUUUAAAAAUCAGCUUGAACAAUCCCAACCAAUCUUAUGUUCAAGUGUUAAAGAGUCAUUAGGGAGAAGGUCUAGAGAUGAUGCAGCCCAUCUGUCAAUCAAUCCCCAAUCGUCCCGAAGGCAGAGCUCCAUCACCAGAACUGCAGUGUGCAACGGUCAUCAGAGAAUCCAGAGCUGUCAGAACAGAAAGCUAUUGGUCUUUGUCAGGUCGAUUAAUGCAGAAGCCAAUCUGGCAUCGCAAGGAUACGAGCAGGCAGCGAGGACAGACAUACGGCAGGCUGACCUAUCAUUAUCUCUCUUCAUUUCCUGUCUGACCUGCAAUCAUCCUGUCUCAGCUCAGGCUGCUGCAUGAUUAGUACAGUGCAGGAUCAACAGCCCUGGCACACAGAUAGGCAAAAUUUGCAGACCCCCCCCCCCCCCACAUCC